ACAGCACCCGAGAAAAGUUGCAGAGUCUCUUCAUACUCAACAUCAAAUAUUAAUAUUAAAAUCCCUUUACUCUGCUCUCUACUUUCUCCAGUCACUAAUAAAGUAUACAAAAGGCUUCUUUUGCUUUCCCCACAUUAAAUAACUCACUCAUCUAGCUUCCUCUCUUCUCUGCCAUGGAAGAAGCUUAGUGGGCAUUUUUGCAUCUCCCACUUCACAGCUGAUCCCACAUCCCACCAAAGGGUCUUCUGUUUUGUGGGUUUUGCUUUACUCUUCUGUUAACCCAGCCCCUGCUUCAAACUGAACUACAUGGGUCUUUAAUGCGUUUCUGCAUUGUUCUUCUUUUGCCUUCUGUGCUUAUACUUUAAAAGUUGUUUGCUUUCUGGGAUUUAGUUUUCCUUUCACGAAUGGGGGGAAUUUAUUGGGUGCUUCUACUGCUGCCGCUUUGCUUGGGCCUUUGUCUGAACGUUUUCUGUCAGGAGGAUUCAGAUUCUAUUACUGCUGUAUACAUUGUUACUCUUAGACAAGGUCCGGUUGCUCAUUACUACAAUGAGGAACUGAGCGGGCAGAGCCAUGGGUUCAAGCUUGGUGAAUCCGGGAGAUUGAACAGACUGGACAAGCCCAGGAAUGUUUCAAAAACUGACAGGAGGUCUAGUUCUUAUAUAUCUCGAGUUCAUGAUUCAUUAUUAAGGAGGGUGCUUAGAGGGGAGAAGUAUCUGAAGCUCUACAGCUACCACUACUUGAUUAAUGGCUUUGCUGUGCUUGUUACCCCAGAACAGGCAGAUAAGCUUUCAAGGAGGCAAGAAGUUGCAAAUGUGGUUUUAGAUUUCUCUGUUAGAACUGCAACCACUCACACUCCACAGUUCUUGGGUCUACCAAAAGGAGCAUGGGUUCAAGAAGGUGGUUAUGAGACUGCUGGAGAAGGGAUUGUUGUUGGAUUUAUCGAUACUGGCAUUGAUCCAACUCAUCCAAGUUUUGCUGAUGAUACAUCAGAGCGCCCGUACCCAGUUCCUGCACACUUUUCUGGGAUUUGUGAGGUCACUCGGGAUUUUCCAUCAGGUUCAUGCAAUAGGAAGCUCAUUGGAGCUCGACAUUUUGCUGCAUCUGCUAUAACUAGAGGAAUAUUCAAUUCAAGUCAGGACUAUGCUUCACCAUUUGAUGGUGAUGGCCAUGGCACGCAUACAGCUUCUGUUGCUUCAGGAAACCACGGAGUUCCAGUGGUAGUGGCAGGACAUUACUUUGGAAAUGCAAGCGGGAUGGCUCCUCGUUCACAUAUUGCAGUUUAUAAGGCACUGUACAAGAGCUUUGGAGGAUUUGCUGCAGAUGUUGUUGCCGCCAUAGACCAGGCAGCUCAAGAUGGUGUUGACAUCAUAAGCUUGUCAAUCACUCCCAACAGACGUCCUCCUGGGAUUGCUACAUUUUUUAAUCCCAUUGACAUGGCAUUGCUAUCAGCUGUAAAGUUUGGUAUUUUUGUUGUGCAAGCUGCAGGCAAUACUGGACCAUCACCUAAGAGCAUGUCUUCUUUUAGUCCAUGGAUCUUCACUGUUGGUGCUGCCUCACAUGACAGGGUGUACUCUAACUCUAUAGUUCUUGGCAACAAAGUAAUCCUCUCUGGAGUUGGACUUGCACCAGGGACAGAUAAUGAUACAAUGUACACGCUGAUUUCUGCAGUUCAUGCUCUAUGCAAUGACACCACGAUUGCCAAUGAUAUGUAUGUUGGUGAGUGCCAAGACUCCAGUAACUUCAGGCAGGAACUCAUCCAAGGAAACCUCUUAAUCUGUAGCUAUUCAAUCCGUUUUGUCCUUGGACUCUCAACCAUUAAACAGGCUUUACAAACAGCCCAAAACCUCAGUGCAGCUGGAGUCGUGUUCUACAUGGAUCCAUAUGUAAUUGGUUUUCAGCUCAACCCUAUUCCAAUGACAAUUCCUGGCAUCAUAAUUCCAUCCCCAGAUGAUUCCAAGAUUUUACAGAAGUACUACAAUUCCUCCCUGGAAAGAGAUAGAUUUACGGGGAAAAUUGUUAGAUUUGGGGCAGUUGCAAGCAUUUCAGGCGGACUAAAGGCAAAUUACAGCAUUUCUGCACCAAAGAUUAUGUAUUACUCUGCAAGAGGACCAGAUCCAGAAGACAGUUUUCUAGAUAAUUCAGACCUAAUGAAACCCAAUUUGGUUGCUCCUGGAAAUUUGAUAUGGGCUGCUUGGAGUUCUCUCGGCACAGAUUCAGUUGAAUUCCUUGGUGAGAACUUCGCUAUUAUGUCUGGAACAAGCAUGGCUGCUCCUCAUGUUGCUGGACUUGCUGUACUCGUUAAGCAAAAGUUCCCCCAAUUCAGUCCUUCAGCCAUAGCAUCUGCACUUUCCACCACAGCUUCUCAAUUUGACAAGAAUGGUGGACCAAUAAUGGCUCAGCGUGCUUAUGCCAGUCCAGAUCAAAAUCAAUCUCCAGCUACACCAUUUGACAUGGGGAGUGGGUUUGUAAAUGCCACAGCAGCACUGGAUCCGGGUCUGAUUUUUGAUUCCACUUAUGAUGAUUACAUGUCAUUUCUUUGUGGCAUCAACGGCUCUGCUCCUGUGGUCUUGAAUUACACAGGUCAGAACUGUUGGGUAUAUAAUUCUACCAUCAGUGGUACUGACCUGAACUUGCCUUCAAUCACAAUUUCACAACUGAAUCAGUCUAAGACGGUCCAAAGAUUGGUGACUAACAUUGCUGGCAACGAGGCUUAUAGUGUUGGUUGGAGUGCUCCCUAUGGGGUUUCAAUAAAGGUGGCUCCAACUCACUUCACUAUUGGUAGUGGACAGAAGCAGGUCUUGACUGUUUUCUUUAACGCAACAGUGAACAGCUCUUCGGCUAGCUAUGGAAGAAUUGGGCUGUUUGGAAAUCAAGGUCAUAUCAUCAACAUUCCCUUGUCAGUUAUUGUCAAGAUUUUGUACAAUACCACUAACAGCUAAGGAAUGAAGAUUGAGAAAACGAUGCAAUUUCUUUGUUUUUUGUAUAUUUUUGUUGUGUUCCAUAGCCUGCCUUUCCAUUGUUAUUGUAUCUCUUUUGUAUCAUCGUAACCAAUUUUUUCAUUCAUUACGAUGUAAAAAUGCCAAAUGAAUUGUGAUUUAGACUCCAAAAUUGAUGUAAUAAUUUGUAAUGCUUUGA